AUGGUACGUAAUCCAAACCAGGACAUUUAUGAAUUCAUCCUGGAAUUAAUCACCCGAGCUGCAGAGUGUGAUUUUGUUGGCUUACUGCAUAUGCAGUUGAAAGAACGGCUGAUUGCCGGCAUUAACAAUGGUAUUUUGCAAAACAAACUUCUGAAACUAUGCAAUCCAACGUUCAAAGAUGUGCGGGCACAUUGUGAACAAUGUCGGGAUAUUCGCGCCUCUACUUCUUCUAUGCCAUCGACAGUCGAAUCUACUAAUAUGUCUAGUUCAGUCAAAACCAAUUCCCGAAAGUUCAUGCUUCAGCUGGAAGUUUCAACUCAGCUACACACUUUCGCUCAUGUAACAUAUUCGGAUAAGUCCUAUGGCUAUUAUGCAUCCUGCGGCAAACGUCAUUCUAAAUACACAUCGAUUCCGUUACGCUUCAUGUCACCAGUGUGGCACAACUUGUCGUUUAAUUCAUUCCAAAGACUCAGAAGUGUGUGA